UAUUAGGCAAAAACUUUAAUAAACGAAACAUAACAUCCUCUUUGUGAUAGCGUUUUUCUGGGUGAGAAAUACAACGGGUGGCCAUUGUCAUUCGCCAUCAAGGAAAGAGAGUUUGAGCUCAAAGCCUUUCUGAUAACAAUCGGCGCAUCAUCUCUGAGAAAGCCGAACGUGCAACAAGGCAGAAAUGUCAUUCCAGAUAAUGUUGGGUUCGGCAUCAAUGGCUCGCCGACAGAUUCUUACCGAAAUGGGAUAUGAAUUCAGUACUGCAGACAUAGAUGAGAAAUGUAUUAGGAAAGAGAAGCCGGAAGACUUGGUAAUAGCUUUAGCUGAAGCAAAAGCAGAUGCCAUCAUUUCAAGGCUCAAAGGUACAGACCAAUCAGAAGAAGAUGCUCAUACAACACUAUUAAUCACCGCAGACACAGUGGUGGUGCAUGAAGGGGUGAUCAGGGAAAAACCAUCCACCAAGGAAGAAGCGCGGAAUUUUAUCAAAGGAUAUUCUGGUGGUCAAGCAGCAGUUGUAGGAUCUGUGCUUGUAACCAACCUCAAAACCGGGAAAAGAAAAGGAGGAUGGGCAAUAGCGGAGGUCUACUUCCAUGAUAUACCAGAUGAAGUUAUUGAUAGCCUGAUAGAGGACGGAGUCACACUCAAUGUUGCUGGAGGUUUAAUGCUCGAACAUCCAUUGACAUUGCGCUUUGUAGAAGCAGUGGUUGGGACAAGUGAUACUGUGAUGGGACUUCCUAAAGAACUUACAGAAAAACUCAUUCGAGAAGCACUCUAGCAAUUAUAGUAGUGACAACCGGGUGUUUUCUGGCACUAAGUCGCCUACCGUUGUAUCUUGACCAUAUUCUGAAAAUUUCUGGAGUCAUAUUUGACAUUGAGGCUUGAGUCCCAAUUGUACUACGCCUUUAUGCAAGCAUUAACCCCAAUUGUCCACCCACAUUUGCAUAUUUCUUGAACAAAUGGUUUGUACUUGCAACUUUGCAUUUGGGAAACGUGUACCUUGUAGUUAACCUGUUAUCCAGAAAAUAUAAUUGCACUUAGAUAAUGAUAGUGUUAAUAAGCUAAUUGCUUGAGUGAUUGUAUCCUUGGUGGUGAAGAUGUUAGAUAUUUAUUACUUUGUUUGG